AUGGUUGGAGGCCAGAGACGGCGAGCCCUGAAGCAUUAUCAGCGCGAUUUCUAUGCGCACAGUGCUGCUGCUUCAAAAGCAGUGAAUAACGAUACCAAUGAUGCGCCUCAACACACACGUGAUGUUCAACAACACAAGCACAGCAGUUUUGAAACAGGACAAAGUGGGCGGUUGAACGUCUCUUCAACCUACUACACCGUUCCAAAUUCUCCAGGGAAACGCCGUCGUGGAGAUUCAGAAGUCCUACUGGAGACUACAGAGUUUAACUUUACAACUCUCGAUGACUUUCCUGAUAACCUUCAAAAUGACACGCCGGAGUUUGUAGAAUUUGUGAGGCAAAAACGCACUGUGGUUCAUGGUGAGGCCUUGCGCUUAUGGGAAUCUGAUGCCAACUUGUUCUUGGAGGAAUUCCUCCGUCUGGAGGGUCAGGGCGACUAUUCGCAAGACAUUUGUGUUUGUGGUGAGGAAGCUGCGAUAUAUCAUUGUCAGGAUUGUCACGGUUCCGAGAUGUUCUGUCAUUUGUGUAUGGUCCGUGUACAUGCAAGACAGCCGUUUCAUAAAAUGGAGCGUUGGGAUGGCAUCUCAUUCGACGAUAUUACCUCGAAGUCCAUGGGGAUACGUUUGCAACUUGGACACACCUCUGGUGUUUGUUGUGACAACCCACUCCCUGCUUUCAACGACGACUUCGUUAUCAUCCACUACAAUGGUAUCUACGAAGUGGGGUUAGAUUUCUGCGGAUGCGCUUCUGGUCAGCCACACAUCGUUCAACUACUACGUGUUCGUCUCUUUCCUGCCACAACAGUCGAUCCCAAAACAGCCGCGACAUUUCGGGCACUGGAAUACUUUCAAAUGUUGUCUUUCGAGUCCAAAGUUUCCACGUUUGAAUUUUACAAAACAGCUGCCCGUUUGACGGACAAUACAGGAAUUCAUGUACCAAAGGACCGUUAUGAAUCUAUGUUGCGCAUGAUGCGAGAGUGGCGGUUCAUCAAGCAGAUGCAACGCGCUGGUCAAGGUCAUCACCCCAAAGGUAUCGCAGCAACUGAACCAGGCGCAUGUGCUGUAUUAUGUCCUGCAUGUCCCCAUGUAGGAAAAAAUCUGCCAGAUGGAUGGGAAAACGCACCAUCUGAAAUACGAUUCCUAUAUGCCUUAUUUCUGGGCAUUGAUGCCAAUUUUCGUCUGGCUCGCCGUAACGUCUCUUCGGCCACGGCCGAUCCUGGUCUCAAUCACGGAUAUGCUUUUUUUGUAGAGGAACAUGCCUACAAAAGUUUCAUCAGUAAGUCCAUCAUUCUAUUCGUCCUGGGCACUAAGUAUAACUCUGUGCAGAUAAGUUCGUGCUCCAGUCACAAUGCGGUAAAUCUCGCAGAUACAAGAGUCUCGCGUGGGCUUGCGGCCACUGGCGCCGGUACCAUCGAUUGUGCACGACACAAUUUCAAACGGCCCUGCUCCAUCGGCGACUUACAAAAGGGUGAACGGUACCUUAAUAUGGAUUACUUAUUUUUCUCUAGCAUGCGGUCUUCAUCGGACAUAGUGGCAUUAAAUAUAUCGUACGAUAUCGCCUGCCAAUGGAGCAAGCAUAUCUGGACACGUAUGUCCGCCUUCCCGCACCAGUACCACAUCAAACACCACGAAAAGUCCAUUGUGUUCCUCGUACCGAAAUUUCACCUGCCAGCUCACAUCGCCAAAUGCCAGACAUCCUUCUCCUUCAAUCUGAUCAAGGGUGUUGGUCGCACGGACGGUGAAGCUCCAGAGCGCGGGUGGGCGGACAUAAACUCCAUUGCUACAAGUACACGCGAAAUGGGUCCCGGUUCAAGGCGUGAUACCUUAGACGACCACUUCAAUGAUUGGAAUUGGAAGAAGAUAUGCGCAAUGGGUUUAAUUUUCCGCCGAAAGUACAACUUCACAUUAAUCGAGGUCCAAGAACGUGUCAACGAUCUCACCAAUUUCGAGGCUUCUCUUGCCACAGAUGAGCUAGCUGAAUGGAGGAAGGACAUUGAGGCAUGGGAGGAAGACCGUUCACGACCGAACCCAUUUGAAGACAGAGCUACGACAACAAUGACUCAGGCUGCCGUGCGUCUGGCCUUAUCAACGGCAGAGGCCACAGAGAUUGAGCGCGGUAACGAUGUGUCCCUACAUGAUGAUAUCUCGCCAUCAGUGCUGAUUUCAUCGGAAUUAGAACUUGAAGAUCAACAGCGCCGUCUUGAAUUUGAUGCCAAGGUGGUUGGACAACACGCUACAGAUGUUCAGAAGGGAAAGCUCUUACAGCGGGUGAAUGCUCUUCACCGACGCAUUGACACAUGGGGCCGGGUACAGUUGUUGUAUAUGCCUGGCGUCUCCCGCCUGCGGUCACCGGAUGACGUUGCAACUGAAGCCAAGGUUCACAACAUUAACCUGUUCCUGCCGUCCUCUCUACCCCAUCGAGUACUGUGUGACGACCGCUUGCUCAAACAUGAGUGGGAGUUGCGUGAAGCUCAAGCGUAUGACACACUGAAUGACCUCUGCACUGUGCUCAACCUGCGAUACCAUCUUUACAAGUAUAAGGAUACAUUUAUCCGAGGACAGCGAGCAAAUACCCGAGCAAACGGAAUCAUCAAUAACGCUGAAUGUCGCAUCGACGCCUUAUCACUUAAGUAUUCCACCUCUAGAAGCGCACUUCUGAAUCUGGCAUCAAGGCUGGGCAAGAACGACAACUGGGAGAGGAGCCUGAAGCCACUCGACAAGCAAAAGGAUGCGGUACCACUCAAACACGACGAUGGCCGAACGAUGGGGCAGCAAAGUAUAUCGUGGAUCUGGAAGACUUCAGGCUCCAACAGCAACGAGCUAGGGCUGCAGGACUCACUACGUGUUGAAUGGUGCAAGGCACGAGCGCGAGCUCAUCGCUGGGAGGAAGAAGUGCAGUUACUGCAUGAGGAAAUGCGCCGCGUCAUUGCAUUUCUCGACUGGCACGCUGGCUGGUGGGACACGCAAGGUUCACGACGUACUUUUAGCUCACUGCAAGCCGGAGAGGGUGCACUUGCUUAUGCCCAACGCCAGGCCAAUCUACGCUGA